CACCGUCCGCCGUCGCCGCCGCCGCCGCCGCUCAACAGUGUCCGGGCACCGCGUCAGUCGUCGCAAAGCUCGCACAUUGUACGGUCGUCGUUGGCGCCGUACGUUCCGGUGCAACUCUAUUUAGUCAGUCGUCGUCGCCGUCACUGCGGUGGUCGUUCCAGCUGCGGCGCGCACCGUCGUCUCGUAUUCCCCACACGCCCGUCCGGUCCUCGAAAACCGUCGACCGGGCCCUAGGGCCGCAAUGUAUUUCGCCCUGGCCAAGACGCCGGGCGGCCGCCCGACGACCGUCACUACGGCCGCGAUGUCGGAAGACAGCCCGCGGACGUCCGCCGUCCCCGCGCCGUCCGUCUUCUUGCCGCACGCCGAGCCGUCCACGUCCCGGGGCGUCGGCACGAGUCCGGCCGCGUCGCCGGGCCCCGAAGCCGACGGCCACGAGCAACACGUCGACGGGCCGCAGUGCACGCUCGAGGACUACGACAUGUCGUCGGACGACGAAUACGUGAGGUCCGGGUCCACGUUCAGCGUCGCGCUGGGCCAGUACGUUUUCCAGAGGAACUUGAUCGAAGAUACAUUUACUCCACCCCAAGAUAGCAAAGCUGUUAUCGAAUAUGUGAAUUUGAAGUUUGUUGAAAACAAUUUUAGAUCAUUGGGGCUCGAUCAAAUGUUUGAUAAGAAUAAUAUAAUGCAAGCUGAACAAGAAUUUGAUUCGUUUGAAAUAUGGUUCUCUCGCGUGAGGGAGUUUGCUGUUGAUAGAGAAUUUAUCAGAGAUCUACGUCUACCAUUGUUCUGUCAUCUUUAUUUGAAUCUAUAUGUUCCACGAAAUCAUAACCGUUUACAGGCAUUAUUGAAAAAAUUUGAAUAUUUGUUUACAAGUCCUAGAGGAGUUGUUUAUCUACAGGAAUUGAAAACUGUUACAAAUGUCUUAGAUUUAUCACCUCGACUUGCAUAUUUCAGGCGAAAUAAAUUUGUAUACGGUGUCUCUCCUAUGUUUAUAAGCAAUCUUUAUGAUUUUUUUCAUCCUCAUUUCAUGCUCAAAGUGGUGUUUCAAGAAUGGUUUGAUAUUAACUAUACUGCUUAUGAAGAUCCAAGAAUAAUAUUUGAUGAUUAUUAUGCAAAUAAUCUAGUACGAGUAAAUAAUCUAGACAAAGCAAAUGCUCCGAAACAAAAUAAUAAUGUUGUUGUCAAUAAACCUGUAUUAUGUAAAAAAACACUGAAUUCAGCUCAAAAUAAGAACAACAAUCGAAAAGUCAAUAAUUCUGAAAAUGAUUUUUACAAUAAUCAACGCCCUUCUACAAGUAAAGAUUUUGUUGGACAUCAAACCUCUAGCUCCAGUCAUCAAGGAUCCAAUUCUAGAAAAUUUGCUAACAAAGAUGUUGAAGAUCCACAAAACAAUUUAACAAAUUCAGAACUAGAUGAAUCUACUGAAAAUUCUGAACAGUCUUCAUUGGAGGAUCAUUGCGUAGAACCAAGAUCUAGACGAUCAAAGAAGAAAAAUUUCAAAAGAAAACAUAUGAGACGUAACAGAGACAAUACUUCAUCAUAUGAACGAGAAUCAAGAAGACUCAAGAAAUUUUGCGGAGAAAAGUAUGAUGAUACCAGUUCACAAAAUAAAUCAACAAGUCAUCAAGAAAAUUCAAAAUUGUCCGAAGAAUCAUCUAGAGAAGGACAAAGUUCAUCUAACCAGAAAGAAGUUGAAGAAGAAAGAAUAAUAUUACGGAUCUCAAGAAAGUCUAACAAAUUAAGCGUUAUUGUUAGUAAUGAGAAGAAAGAACCUAAUGAUUCCAAAAAUCCUAUGUUGGAGAAAUCAAGCGAAGAACAAAUAUCAAAUGAUGGGAAAAAGUCUCGUAAUCUCCGAAAAAAACAUAAAUCAAGAGGCAAAAAAAAAUCGAAUGAAAUAUCAAAUGAUGAGGAACAAUUGCGGAAGAAAAUUAAAUCAAGUGACAGAAGUAAAUCUACUAGUGAUGAAAAUAGUCGUUUAUGUGAAAAAUCAUCUGAAGUAUCUGAUAAUGAAGAAAAAAAGUAUAAAAGACAAAAGAAAAGUAGUAGAAGCAAAUUUACAAGUGAUGAUAGUAACAUGCAAAUGAGUGAAAGCUUAUCUGAAGUAUCCGACAAUGAAGAAAAAAACUUUAAACGACAAAAAAAAAGUGGCAAAAGCAAAUCUUCCAGUGACGAUAAUAUGAAUAUGAGUGGCUUGUCUGAUAUAUCAAACGAUGGUGAACAAAAGCAAAAACAGCAAAAUAAAAGAAGCAAAAGCAAAUUUACCAGUGAUGAUGAUAAUCAUACAUCUGAAAUAUCAAGUGAUGAAAAGAAUUUUAAAAAACCACAAAAGAAACAAAAAUUAAGAGGCAAUAAAAAAUUUGACAAUUAUACAGAUGAUAGUAAUUUAUCUGGAAGCUCGCCUGAAGUCUCAAGUGAUGACGAAAUUUCAAGCAGUAACAAUGAAAAUCAAAAAUCAAAAAACAGAAGAAAAUAUAAACACUCUGAUAAUAAUAGUAAUCUGAGUGGAAGUUCAUCUGAAGAUUUUUUGGAGGAUUCCAGUUCAUUGAAUUCAUCUUAUGAUGAAGAAAUUAUGAUGCAUAAAUUUGUUAGACAUGACAAAAAGUCAGCUCAACAUUUACGUUAUGAAACUUCACGUCGUUUGAAACACAUAAACAUUACUAAAAUUGAUUUGAAAAACCUUGAUGAAGAUUGGUUUCUACGUACUACUAAACAAAUAGUCUUGAAAAAUUGUAGCAAAUUAUCGUGUUCUAUUUUGACUUCUGAUCUAAAGUUGGUUGCUGCUGGUUCAUUAGAUUCUUUAAUUUAUUUAUGGGAGAGAUCUACUCAACAAUCUGUACCGGAAAAAACUCCUGAUAUUCUACAUACCAUUGGAAAUAUAAAUCCCAGCAAUUUUACAUCAUCAAUACAAGGAAACAAUUUGAUGGAAUAUUUGGACAAAAGUACAGCCUUUGUAUUACGUGGACAUGGUGGACCUAUAUUUGAUUUAGCUGAAUUACCAUCAGCUAAAAUCCUUCUCAGUGCAUCCAAUGAUAAAACUUACAGAGCUUGGGAUAUGGUAUCAAAACGUUGUUUAGAAGUAUACAAUGAACAUGAACACAGAACAUGGUGUAUUGCUGCUUGUCCAUAUAGCUUACAAGUUGCCACAGGAUCUUGCGAGGGCGCUAGCUGUUUAUGGUUUUUGAACUAUAAACGGCCAUUAAGAAUUUUUAUGGGUCAUCUCGAUGAUAUUUUGGUUCUAAAAUUUCAUCCAAAUCAAGUGCUCUUAGCUACUGGUUCAUCAGAUAAAACUGUUAGAGUAUUUGAACUUACAACUGGAGAAUGUCAUAGACUUUUAAUGGGACACUCUGAUUAUAUCACCGGUUUAGAAUUUAAUGCUCAAAAUCCUAAUUAUCUAGCAUCUGCUUCUGGUUGCGGGGAAAUAAUUGUAUGGGAUAUACCAUCUAGUGAAUUGGUAUGGAAGAUUAGAAUCGGCAACAUGUUAUUUUCGGAUCUGGCAUGGUUAACCAAAGAUAUAUUAUUGGCUUCAUUAACUAAUGGUAUCGUCUUAAAAUGUGACACUACACUGAAUUAUGUAGAUUCUUUCUGUAAAGUAAAAGGAUUUGAAACUACAUUUGAUCGUCUUAUGUCUUUACAAAUGUUUGACAAUACAGUAUAUACAAUAGGCAUUCCUGAUAAAUCAGGUGGUCUUAAACCAAUACCUAAGAGAAACAAAGAGAAAUCUUCACAAAUGAAAAAUGAACAAAAAUCACAUAGAGAAUCUUCACCUUUAUCUAAACUAUUUUUCCCGCAACAUAUUAUUGAUAACGAUGGCAAUUCAAUGAAACCUUUACGUGGACUGAGUUCGGCUGUAUCGAAUCCUCCUUAUAAUUAUGAAUAUCAAUUGAAUACUAAUGAUCAAUUUAAAAAAUCAAAUCCAUCAAGUUUUUUGAACAUGAAUUUAAGAUCUGCACCAUUUAAUUUAUCUGCUGAUGAAAUAUCUAAAUUACGCCCCGAAUAUCUAUCAGAAAAUAUACGAUUAGUACCAGCAGUAGCUAUAACUAAUAAUCUUCAAAAUGCUUACCUAUUGCCAAUUCAACCAAUUGUUCGGACAACCAGUCAAAACUCUACUAACAUCCAUUCAACAAAUGAUCAGUUACCGAGUACGAGUAAAUCACAUAAAAUAAAUAAAACUCCAGGAACAUCUAAGUCAAAAAUAACAACAGCAAAACAACAUAACUUUGGUAAUAGUAGUUUAACAAUGCAUACAAGUAUUCAACACAUGCAAAUAAAAACAACUACAGUUAAAGAACAACUGCAUAUAGAUGAUCAGCGAGAAACCAAUACGUUAGUCCAACAGUAUCUACAAACAACUAGCACAAGUAUUCAUAAGCAGCAAACUUCAAAUCUAAUGCAAGUUACACGUUCUGGGAUAAGCUCUCAAUUACUUCAGAAUAGCAUUGUGCAGCAAGAGCAACAGCAACAGAGUGUGGGAAGUAAUGCCAGUGUAGCUGGAACAAAUGUCCAACAGCAGCAGUCAUUACAACAGAUACGGUCUAAUACAAAUUUAACCAAAGGGAAUGUUCAAAAGCAACAGCGCUUAUCUCCACAAACAAAUAAUCGAUCGUCCAAUACCAACGUUACUCAACGUCCAUCUCCUAGACAAAGUCCUAAUAAACCAUCUUCUUUGGACUAAACGUACACAGGUCAACAAACUCGCAUGCCUUGAUGACUGAUACCACUGAUGAUUGGUAAGCUUGGUUCAAGGUAAUUAAUGAUUCUGAAUUAAAAAAUAUAUACCUCUACUUACUACUUAUUUAAAUAUAAUUAUUUUCCAAAAUGUAAUUCUUAGUAUUUGUAAUCAUAAGUUAUACACUAUUUAUACAUUUUAUAUUUUAUCUUUUUAAGUAAAACAAAACUAUUACAAUUAUUACUUUAUUUUUAAACUUAAAUUAUUCUUUAAUUUAUUAUACUACAUCUAGAGUGUUCAAACCUAUAUUGGCUCCCAGGGGGCAUCAUAGGUUAUUAUCAAGGAAGCUUUAUCUGCAGUAGAGAGUGUUUAAUUGUUUAUUUUAUUAUUAUCAUUAUUUAUAUUGGAGGCAUUUAAAUUGCUUUAAAAAAUGAAAAAACCAGGAAACAAAAAAGAUUGAAAACCUCUGUAAUACACUAUUAUCUUAUACUUGAUGUUAUUUGUGCUAAUGACAUUUAUAAUUUUAUGAAAAUUAGAUAAUUAUUUUUAUCAUUUGUUUUUAUGUUUAAUUUUUAUAGUUAAAUAUUAUUUUUUAUUUAUUCUAUAAUUGGUUUGAAACAAAUAUAUUAUAUACUAAUAUAAACAAAUAGCUUAAGAUAAUACUUACCAAGUAUUAAUUUUAAAAUGUAUGUUGUGCGUUUUUAAGAUAUUAAUUAUUAUUAUUCAAGUUUAUUCAAUUUGAAACAACCGUGCAGUUUAGAUAUAAAAAUAUUAAUGUUAAGAAUUAAAUUUAGUUUUGAAUCAUAAAUGGAAAACUUACAAUCUUUUCAUUAACAGAAAAACUAUUUUUAAAAAUUUAAUAAGUUAUUUCUUUCAAGUGAUUUUAAAUCACAUUAUGUAAUAAUUAAUCUUACAAAUUAAAAUUUAAGUACAAUUUUUUACUCAAACAAUUUUUUUAAUACAAUAUUAACGCAUCACAUGUAUUUUGAUUCCUAUUAAUUGAACCAAAAAUUAAAAGAAAGAACUACAAUUUGUUGUUCAUCAUUUGACUAAGUGUUAAUUUUUAUGUUAUCAUUGUAAUACCUAUGCAUUUGUAUUAAAUUUAUUGUUGCAAAUGUUUUUUUUUUAAAGGAUAUGUUUUUUGAAAAAUAAAAUCAUAUAGACAUUAAUAAAUCAUGUACAAAAUAAUUAUUAUGUAUAAUUUAUGUGUGAAGUUUUUUAUUUGCAUUUUAUAUAAUAUGUAAUCGGAGCAAAUUUAUUUUUAAAAAUUACUCAUUAAUAAAAUAACCAAUCGUAUUAAGAGGAUGUUAUACCCGCAUGUGUUGUCUCUGUUUUACUAAUGUAGUAAUGUAGAUUAUAGCAAAUUUUCGUUCAGCAGAAUACAUUUUGUGAUGUUAGCUUUAAUAUUAGAGUAAAUUUACCUAUUAUAAAAUUUAAAGGUAAGAAUAUUAUCUAGAAAAUGUCAUAUGCUUUUAUUGAUAUUAUCAUUUUAAAAUGAAUUAUAGCUAUGUAUAAUAUUUUAACUUUAAAGUAUUUAUAUUUCACUUUAAAAUGAUAAUAUCAAUAAAAGCAUAUGGCAUUUUCUAGAUAUUAUUCUUACCUUUAAAUUUUAUAAUAGGUAAAUUUACUCUAAUAUCAAAGCUAUCAUCACAAAAUCUGUUCUGCUGAAUGCGAAUUUGCUGUGAUCUACAUUAGUAAGACAGGAACAACACAUGCGGGUAACGUCCUCUUAACAGUCCAAAAUUACAUACAUACAUUUAAAAUAGUCGAUACGGAUUAUUGAUAUCUUUCUGUAAUGUGUAUUACACGCUGAUUCUACAUAGAAAUAAUUAAAACAAAACAAUGUUUAUAUUUCUAAAAAUAUUUGUAUUGACCUGUAGCAAUGGAAAACCUUAAAUAUUAUUUUAUCCAUUCAUUUCAUUGAAUGUCUGAACCUGAAAUUGAUAUUUGGGUUAUGAAAAUUAAUACAUUUUUUCAGACGUCUCGUCUGUCCAAUAAUUAUGAUUUUCUCUUAUGUGCAAAAACAUGUACAAUUUAAAUCUUACUUUUUUAUCAGAAUAACAUUGCUCACAAAAAUUUUACAUUUUAAUUGAAUGUAGUAAAACAGCUUUGAAAUUUAAAAAAAAAUGUUGCAUUUGAGUAAUUCCUUCUAAUAAUAAGUUAUGUUCUAUAGCAGUGAUUGGCAACCUUUUUGGACUCUCGGGCCACAUUCAUAAAUUAAUAAGUUCGCGGGCCAGACAAAAAUAAAAAUUUUUAAUAUUCAAUUAAACUUUGUUGUAGUAGAAUUUAAAGCGGGCCGGAUGCGGUUCGCGGGCCGCCGGUUGCCAACCACUGUUCUAAAGUAAAGGUCUUCAACUUUUCUAGGCUGUGGACCACCUAUUGUUUUAAAGAAAUCUUAUGGACCAAAUUCAUAAUAAAAACAUGUAUUAAAUGAUUAACAAUGCUAUAUGAUAUGCUUAAAAUGUGUUCACAUACCACAAAUAACAAAGAGGUGGAUUGCGGGUGUAAGACCCCUGAUUUAUUGUAUUGUCAUUAAUCUAAUUUAACAUUUAGUCUUAACUAGCAUUUAAUCAUCAUUUUUUCCAGAUAUAAUAAUGAUCAUUUUAUGUUUUAAAUAUGAAUUUUUAUAAAUUAUUUUUAAGAAUACUCAUGAUUUUUUUUUUUAUUGCUUGUAAACUUUUAACAAAUGGUGUGUACAAUUUUUAUUAUAUUAUAAAAUUAAAAAAAUUAAAAUAAAUUUUGCGAUAAAAGUAUAAAAAUUAUACAUUUAUCUAUGAACUGA